AUGUCUUUGCGCGACCAUUGCUGGCCAAAUCGUGAUCAGUGGGAGUUAUUCAACAGAACGCUCGGUAGAGGAAAGCUCAUCAGAACAAGUCCAAUCGCCGAAUCCUGCUAUGAUGGACCACGGAAGGACCUCGAGCAAUGCUCCUAUGUGAAUCAAAUGUGGCCAGACCAGGACUUUCAGACCAGCAAUCCUAUUGGCCGCCCUUACCCUUACAACAUCACAUGCGCUCCCGUGAACUACGCCGCUGGGGAGGAGCCUUUGAGCUGCACUCUAGGCUCGCUGCCCGUGUAUGCGGUAAACGCAACUACAAGAAAGGACAUUUCAUUAACCCUCGAGUUUGCCAAGAAACAUAACAUUCGUCUUGUCGUUGCGAGUACUGGACACGACUUGCUUGGCCGGUCUGACGGAUACGGUGGCCUGGAGCUAUGGCUUCGCUAUUACCGAAAUGGCAUCUACUUCCACAGGACGUUCAGAUCCUCGACAGGGUGCAGAGCUUCUAAUUGGACUGGAAGCUCAAUACACAUCGAUGGCGCCUUCCAAUGGCGUGAUGUAUACAAGGUUGCUAAGGAUAAUAAUGUCAUUGCUGUUGGUGGUGGCGCCCUUUCUCCUGGGGCUAUUGGCGGUUGGCCCUCCGGUGGUGGGCACGGCCCCGCUACACACAACUUCGGCAUGGGUGCUGAUCAAAUCCUCGAAGCUGAGAUCAUGCUUGCUGACGGCAAGAUCGUCACGGCGAACCAUUGCCAUUUUAGGGACUUGUUCCGAGCCAUCCGUGGUGGUGGCCCUGGGUAUGGCAUUGUCCUCAGUCAGCGCAUUAAGGUAUAUCCUAACGUUGGUGCUGUGACUGCUCAUCGUUUGGCCUUCUUCCCGCUGAAUGAAACAGCUGAGAACAAAGAUCUCCUGGAUGCCAUUACCGUUCUUCACCAGCAACUGCCUCAAUUGAGUUCAAAUGGCGUUGCCGGGUAUGGGUUUUGGUUCCGGAACUUCCCAGGUCAAUUCAUCGGCUCUGCCCACUCUGGAUACUCACAUGGUUUUUGGACGAUCGGCAAGACCAAGCCCGAAGCUGAAGCGGCCCUCGCCCCUUUGCUAAACGCCCUCGAACCAUUCAAAGACAGGAUUUUUAUCUCGUCGACCUUUACCGAGUACUCAGACUACUGGUCAUUCUAUUAUGCGGAGUCCGGGCUUUAUGACCCCACAGGCUCAACUUCUAUUCUCACUUCUCGCCUAAUCACUCCAGAGGCUGUCGCAGACUAUGACAAGCUGCGCGCUACCAUCGAAAUUGUGGCCGGUAGCCCGGAUGAGGUCGUAUCCAACGUCAUUCUCCUGGUGUCUGGUGGCCAGGUGUUCCAAGACGCAGAUGACUCGUCGUCUGGGUUGAACCCUGCGUGGCGGCGGGCCCCUUUUGUGAUGGUGGUUGGUCAAGGGAUCCCAAAGAUGGCGCCUAAUCUAAAUCAGAUCCGCGAGUAUGUUCAGUAUCAGGUCACUCAUGUCAAAGGGGCUGCUCUGAAGCAGCUGGCCCCUGACACGGCUGGAUACAUGAACGAGGGAGACAGCAACGACCCCGACUACAUAGAGGCUUUCUAUGGCUCCAACUACGCCGGCCACCUGGCUGCCAAGAAGAAGUACGACCCGGAAGGCAUUUUUUACUGCCGAACUUGCGUUGGUGCGGAAGAUUGGAUUGACCGUCCUGAUGGCCCUUUGUGUCGUAAGCGACGGAACUAA